AUGAACAACGAAGACAACAACAAGAAUGAUCCGAUGAUCGAGAUCGAUACAAAGAUGAUCGAAGCGAAGCAACUUGUUGAGCAAGAAGAGCUGGAAAAAAAGAAAAGCGUCUCGAUUGAAGAGGUGAAGAAGCUAAUUGAAGACGCUAAUCAACAAGCUAAUGUUGCGAGAGAGCUGUUUUCUGUGUUGCAACAUCCGGUCGACAGGAACACACUGCUUUGUCGUAUUCGUAUCAGAAAACAAAGGAGCAAACAUGGAAAAACUAGGGUUUCGAAAGAGGAAUAUUAUCAAGACAUCACCUUGGUUGUCGGGUUUUCAGAUGGUCGCUAUUUGCCCUACAUGUUUUCCGGCACGAGAUAUGAGUUCUUUGAAAAGAACUGGUUUAAUAGCGUUGAGGGGAAGUGUAAAGAAGUGGAGCCGCUUCGCCGCAAGGCUAAGCAA